AUGCAGGAGAAGAUUGAACGCGCCAGGAAGGAGGAGAACAGAGAGCGUCGUAGAGUGAACGUUGUGGCAGCUCUACAGUACUGCGUUGGAGUGGACUCGCCCAACUUGGCCUCUAUAUUCAUUUUCGGGUGGGUUGCGCUGCAAGAUUCUAGUGCGUUGUCACCAGCGCGAGUUUUUCCGGCGCUUUUGUUGCUGCGUCGCAUUAAGACGCACUUCUCCAGUAUCGCGGUGCUUUUUGACGUCGCGAGUAAAGGCCACGCAUCAUUUUGCAAGAUUGACAGUUUCUUGACCGAAUGCGAUGCUAAAGCUUGUGCUCGAAACCAGACCGAGGAUUGUCGGCGUCCACAGAUUAGCACUGCCGGCUCCAGCGCGCCAGAAACUGUAGUGGCGAUGGAGCAUGCAUGCUUUGGUCAGUCAACGGAAGAAGGGAAGGCAUUGCUGGCUAACGUAACAUUCCGCUUACGGCGAGGACAAUUGGCUAUGAUUCAGGGGAAAGCAGGUGCUGGAAAGUCCACAAUACUCAAUGCACUGCUGGGUGAUAUCGAAUGUCUUGAUGGGAGCGUUUAUAUCGCUAAAGAUUGUCGGGUUGCAUACUGUGCACAGGAGCCGUGGCUGCAGACGCUGAGUAUCCGCGACAACAUCCUGUUUGGAUCGGCUUUUGACUACAAGAAGUACUGGUGUGUGGUCGAAGCGUGCUGUCUGAAGGAUGAUCUGCGGAUGCUGCCAGAAGGUGACAAUACACAGGUCGGGCCAAAGGGAAUCAACUUGUCUGGUGGACAAAAGGCUCGUAUUGCACUAGCGCGUGCAUGUUAUGCCGACGCGGACGUAUACUUGCUGGACUGCCCGUUGGCUAGUGUUGACGCUAUUGUCCAGAACGACAUUUUUACCAAGUGCAUUGUGGAGCUGCUGCGGUUCAAGACGGUGCUUAUGGUGACGCACAAUCGAGAGCUGUCAUCAUCUAGUUUUGUGGAUCAUGUGCUUCGUAUUGAAGAUCUCACAGUCGUCGUUGAGUCUGCUGAAAAAGGUUGGGAAGUCGGUCGUCAUCCAUCCAGAAGAGUGGAUCCAAGAAACUCACUUCCUCCAUGGAAGAGCGAGGAGCCACAAGACAAUAAGAAGGAGACAUUGCAUCCACGCGGCCUUGCGCUUUGGGAGUCUGCUGCGCUGCCAUUAUCGUCCACAGCAAUGCUUGUGAAACCAAAAUCUACGAAAUCACCAGUGACUUCGAUUACUACGCAGGUACCUGUAACGUCAGAGUGCGUUGGGCUUAAAGUGGCCAGGAAGUUCAAGUGGAAAGAGGAGUGGUUUUCGAUCAAGACGUGGAAAAUGCUCUUGAAAGGCAACAAGUGCAUGCGCUUUCACGUUCCAGCCAAGUUCUUUCUCUUUCUCUACGCUGUCGCUGUCACCUCAAAGGAUGUAUUCCUGAUGAAAUGGAGUGACCGAGUUGAUCACGGAGACGUCUCGUCGAUGAAACACUCAGCGAACGUCUACGGUGCUUUAGUGCUCAGCUCCAUGAUCUCUGGAUUCGCCAGCUCUGUGCUGCAUGCUCACGCGAUGGCCAACUCUGCCAACAUGAUGUUCCACGAGAUGACUGCAGCGCUGCUGCGUGCCCCGAUGACGUUCUUCUACUCAACACCCGUGGGAGAGCUAUUCAAUCGAUACUUCAACGAUGUUCGAGUGCUAGAUACGACGUUCGCAUUGGCUUUUAUGGCCAUGUUCCGUUCGGCUAUAACGAUUCUCGCUGCUGAUGGCAUUCUCUGGUACUUCACGGGUAUUGCGGGUACUAGCAUCCUGUUGAUCGUGAUGUACGUGGUCAAAGAGUUCAUGACGUUGGGGUUCCUGGUGGGUUUGCUGCAGCUCUCGUUCCGUGCUGAAGCUGCCAACUUGAACUUCAUUUCGGAAGCGCUGGACGGCUCCGCGACGAUCCGUGCGUUCGGUCGACAGCAAAUUAACCGUUUUCGAGUGGAACAUGGAGUGCUGUCCGAUGAACUCAUGAAGGGCCAGUAUCACACUGAGGCGUUCAACCGAUUCGUGCUGAUCCGCUGUGAUCGUGUCCUCGGCAUUCAUAUGUUGCUGCUGAUGGUGCUGCUGUCUAUGAACAACGUGUCUCCAGCUGAGCUUGGCCUGAUGCUCUACUACGUAUUCACGAUCAACUCCGAUGUCUACACGUUGAGCUCCAAGCUGCUGGAAGUUGCGCUGUGUUUGCUAAAUGUCGAGCGAGUGCGCAAGUACGGACUUAUCGAGCCGGAACUGCAGAGUUACGAAGGUAACCCACUGGCAAUCCCUGCAAGCUGGCCACACCGCGGCGAUGUUGUAUUCGAGAACGUUUCGUUCAGUUAUGCUAGUUCGUCGAAUGAUGACAAGCAAUCGCUGGCGCUUUGUGACGUGAGCUUCUCUGUGCAAGGCGGUGAGAAGAUUGGCGUGGUUGGUCGUACCGGAUCUGGCAAGAGUUCGUUAGCGAUGGCUCUCUUCCGUGUACACCCGUUGGCUAAAGGACGCAUUCUUGUUGAUGGGAUUGAUGCGUCAUUGCUGACGUUGAAUGCACUGCGUACAAACGUGUUCAGUCCGCAACUACCUCGAUCCGUUCAACGAGUUUGGUGA